UAGUUGGAAAUUCAUGGAGUAAUGGUAGAGACGAUGUCGAAAAUGUUAUCAGCCAAUUAGUAAAUACUGUAAAUGAACUAGAAGCUACUGCUAAUUCUCUUUGGGAAGAUAUAUUUAAUCCAGCUUUUGACACGAUGAUCCAAAAUGGACAAUUACUUCCUAAUGAUCAAUUAAAUGCUAUUAAUUAUAUAAUGGAUCAACCGAGAACAAUAUCAAAAAAUCUUCUAAUAGAAAAAUAUGGUCAAUUAAUUGCUCGUUUGAAAUCAAAUGUUCAUCAUUUAUAUGAAUUUUUAUUUGUAAUGCAACGUGAAGCUUUAAUUGGUUUAGGAAAAGGUGAAUAUAAUUUUGAUGAAAAAAUUCGUGCAUUUUAUGAUAAAAUUGCUGCUUUUGGUAAACAAAUCAAUGAAUGGGCUGUAGAAACAAAACAUGAAUUAGAAAUGCAUGCAAAUACAAUUCAAGGUGAUUGGCUUCAUAUUCUUAGUCAAUAUAAUCAAAAUAUUGAUGUUACUGUUAAAACACUAGUUACAAUAUUUCAACAAUUAAUAGAAAAUUUAAUGACACAUUAUCUUAAAGUUGUUCUUACUGUUGUUCCUAAUGCUGUUAAUGGUAUUGAAAAUAUGAAACGACAAGGUUUACUUUCAUUUUUUCAUUAUCAAACUGAAAAUAACAAAUAA